AAACAUAACUUGUCAUAUGAGGAAGAAACACCUAAGGGUCGUUCAGGACUGUUCUUUAAAGCACACAAUGUCCUCUUUUUUUUAUCUCAUCAGUAGGCUUCAGGCUAGCUUCCUGUAGCAACGCUGCACAUGUUUAGUGUGUAACCUGCACUCACAGGGUCAAUGCUGCUCUCUUGUUGAUCCUUCAUGAGCUGGUGGAAAAAAGAGUUACCUAGCAGGACUAAUUCGAUCUGUGCCUGCACGCCUGCGAUUGGCUCAGAUAUACACAGGAAGAUAUGACCAUUGACUCGGGAUUUAGGUUACAUAAUGAGCUUGGAGGGUUCAUCAGUGGGCAGAGAUGCUGUGCGCAUGUUUUAAAAGCUAAUCCCUCUCCAAUGUGACCCUGGGAGACAGAAAAGUGAAGAAUAAGGAGAGGGGGAAAAGCAUAGUUUGUCUUUAUUGUGCCUUAUAAAUUGGCCUAUAACCAAACGUGUAUCUGAAUCUUGCCCAUACAUUGCAUAACAACAAAGUCUUUUUUUUCCAGUAAAAAAGUUAGAAUGACAUCCCUCCAAAACCUCUUAACCAUAGGCCACUUAAAAAAUAUGACUUUAGCCACACUAUGAGCUACAAAAGUGCCAAACCAGGUGGUUUUAAAGAGGUGAGUGAACCAUGGAUUGGUUGUGUAGUAAAGGCUAAAUCUUUUACGCACAUGUAGCCUGGCUCCUGACCUGUGACCUCUAACAUGUGUCCCCCAGUGUAUUAAACACAUUUAAAUAGUAGUGGAAUGAUAAUAAGUUUAUCUAGCAGGCUCUGCAGAAUGUUGCUAUUGUUAGACGUGUACCUUGAUUGCUUUUAUUCCUCAAUGUUUUAUAAUUUUCCUAGUUAAAUUCUCAUCCGACUUGUUUAGUUUAUUCAGAUGGAUUGUUAUUGUUUCAGGGUACUUUUUUUUUUUUCAAAAGUCUACCUUCAGACAAUCCCUAUUUUGGAGAUUGUGCCUGCCAGGUUCAACAGUCUGCAAGAAAGUCGAAGCAUUUCUCAUUCACGCUGAAUUAAAAUGGAUAGCUUAACUGAUUAUAACACACACAAUAUCGUUGUUCUAAUUUCAACCUAAAGAACAAUAAGAACAUAUCAUGAACAUGCUAAAUUAUCACUUUUAAAAAGCAAGUGAUGUCAGUCAGAUAUAUAUUGAACCCCCCAUAUAUAAAUAUAGAGGCUACAAGGAUGAUCAAACUGCUUUUUAAAAAUAUUGGUUUAAGUUUAAGUUUCAGGUUACAUAAUUUACAUAUUAAGCAAUACUACAGGUCUGUUGGGCAGUGGGCCCACCAGAGAAUAAACCUUCAUAGAGGCAAAUAAGGUGGUGAACAAACACAUCUGGAAUGACCUACACAAACACGACAAUGGACAUCAUGUUCCUCACAUUCACACCGCCUUGGACGCUCUGUACCUCCUGCAGAGUAUUCAGUCUGCAAGUCCAGAGGUUUGGUAUUUGGAUUCAGUCUGCAUGCUCAUAGCGUGCAGUAAGACAAUAUGGAUUCAUGGAGGUACAGCUCAUAUUAUAUGUGUUCCUGUGAAAUAUUUUUUGUAAAGGUUUGGUGGAAUUCAGCCACAGGGCCCACGUAAGAAUCAAGGGGAGCUGUUGUCAAAUAACGACUGAACAAACCCUUUGCUGCCUAAAAUGGGAUUAUGCCCCCCCCUCCCCUUUUGUUUUAUUUGGCAAUGUAUGUUUUCCUAAACCUCCUAAAAAGUUCAGGAGUUGGAAUAGUUGUCCGUUUCGUGUAAUCUGCAGCCUCGCCACUAGAUGGCACUAAUCUACACACUCAUGCUUUAAGUCCUCAAGAGUGUGUUACAUUUUUUUUUUUAACAAAAUAAAAAUAUCAAUUGGAAGAAUAACUUUAUUUACUUCAUAGUCCUUGGUCAUGCUCUGCUGUUAAAAGGAUCUGUUGCUAUGAGAACAGUACAUAUUUGGCUUCGAGCAGCUUUAAAAUAUUUUAUAAUAUCAUAUUAAGAUCCCCGAACCAACUUGGAUAUAUUUACAAAGAUUUAGACCACCAUUUGGAUGAUUUGCUACGCAGAUAUUGAGACCCAUAUGCUUUUUCAUUCAUAUCACCAUUUGUCUGUUGUAAUAUGACUGUUUCGUAUCUUCUCCAUUGUAUCUUGUGAGGUUCUGUUUAUUAGCACAGCCACAUUUAGGCUCCUACAGUCGUGUUAGGAAACACGCAGCUCGUGUUGUUUUGGGUCGAUGUGGGAGGUGCAGGGGGAGGCGUGUCGUAGCGUAACCAUCACCGCAGAUCUACAAACGCUGUGGAUGGACCCUGUUCGUGCGCGCGGGGAUGGCAGACUGUUUUUAGAUCGCUUGGUGCGCUUGAUUUAGCUCUCCUGACGUCCUACCCAAAAAUGUUUUCACCUCGCUCGACCUACUAGCUCGCUUGUCCUCUGCAUGGCCUGCGUCUUUCAAAACUCUCCACAAACCGUGGCGUCAACAUGGACCGUCUCGUUUCAUAGUUGCAGCUCUCGGUCGUGCUGUCAGGUUAUUCGUAUGGCCGGAGCAUGCUGCAAGUGUCCGGUCUCUCUCUCCGUGCUCAGGCGUUCUCUCUCGGUGGCUCCACGGGGCUGCGGGUCCGCUCCUCCUCGGUCCCACCUUCUGGGCUGGAGGCUGGGGGAGCGGGGCCUGCAGGAGGCCGCCAGACCCUCCAGUGCGUUUAGACCUGCGGGAGUUUACCGACACACGGCCCUUCUCUGUGUCUCCUGCCAGGAGUCCAUGAGCGAGAGUCUGCGGACCUGUUACCUGUAUCUGAACCAGACCAGCCGGAGUUUCGCAGCUGUGAUUCAGGCUCUGGACGGAGAGUUAAGACACGCAGUUUGUAUCUUCUACCUGGUGCUGCGAGCGCUGGACACAGUGGAGGAUGACAUGAGUAUCCCUCUGGACAAGAAGGUUCCCAUGCUGAACGAUUUCCACACCUACCUGUACCAGGAUGAGUGGUGCUUCACAGAGAGCCAGGAGAAAGACCGACAGGUUCUGGAGGAUUUCCCCACGAUAUCACUGGAAUUUAGAAACCUUGCCCAGGAGUACAGAGACGUCAUCUCGGAUAUCUGCAACCGCAUGGGAAUGGGAAUGGCUGACUUCCUGGAGAAGAAAGUGGGAUCCAUGAAGGAGUGGGACCUGUAUUGCCACUACGUCGCUGGUCUGGUCGGCAUCGGUCUGUCUCAGCUGUUCUCUGCGUCCCAGCUGGAGGACCCCGAGGUGGGCCGGGACACAGACUUGGCAAACUCCAUGGGCCUGUUCCUCCAGAAGACAAACAUCAUCAGAGACUACCUAGAGGACACGCAACAGGGACGUGCCUUCUGGCCACAAGAGGCCUGGAGUCAGUUUGCAGGUCAUCUCGAGGACUUGGCCCAGCCAGAGAAGCUGGACUCGGCUCUCUCCUGCCUCAACCUGCUGGUCACUGACGCUCUGAGACACGUCCCGGAUGUCAUCGCGUACCUGUCCCGCCUGCGAAACCAGAGCGUCUUCAAUUUCUGUGCCAUUCCACAGGUGAUGGCGAUAGCGACACUAUCAACAUGCUACAACAACCCCAUGGUUUUCCAGGGAGUGGUGAAGAUCAGAAAGGGACAGGCCGUCACACUCAUGAUGGAAGCCACCAACAUGAGAGCAGUGCAGAGCAUCAUUGCCCAGUACAGCCAGGAGAUUUUACAGAAGGUGUCUCUCACUGACCCAUCACGGGAUAAGACCCUGCACAUCCUGGCUCUAAUCAGAGAGAAGUCGGCUCUCUCCCAGUCCAGCCUCCCCUCCCGGACCCACCACCUGUCGCCCAUGUACCUGUCUGCUGCUAUGCUGCUCGCCGCCCUCAGCUGGCAGUACCUCAGCACUACAGCUGCACAGGCACAGGGCACUGGAGACAUGCAGGGACAGUAAACACCCCCGCCUUGCUACACCUUUCCUUGGAAUCCACAAACUCAGAAAGCACCCCCCCUUAGCCCACUCUGGAGGUCCAGUUCUUCUCUGACUGGAUGAAACUGGAUCACCUCUGUUCACUUCUUUACUAUCAGAGGACCUUGGACAUAGGUAGACUAUGGAGGUCCUGGUAGCAGACUGCUCUCAUUACGUUGUGUAGUAGUGGUUUCUAGAAGUCCAUCUUGCAUCUGGAUACAUUUUCUGACAAACACUGUGGGGUGGGUAUGUUCACUACCAAAACGGCACAUUGAAACAUUCAGGGUGUUUUCAUGGUUAAUGUAAAUUGUGUUUUAUUUUGUUCAAUUUGUUAAAAAAAAGUUUGACCCCAUAAAUUGAGUGGAGAUAUAUAUAUAUAAUAUUCAAAUAUUUUAUGAAAAGAAUUACAAAUUUAAUUUUCUACAUUGACUGCAGACAUUGUAAAAUGCAGAACAAGUAUUAUUAUUUUGGUCAAUUGUUUUUCCAAAAAGCUUAAUGUUGAUGUUGUGUCAAAUCUUAAACUAAUUACAUAUUCCACUACUUGUGUUUCUUUAGGAGAAGCACUCUGCAACACCAGUGCACGUUACAGUAACUGCACUGCAUGUAAAAAAAAAAAAAAAACAUACAAUGACAGUGUACAUUAACAGUAGAGCUAAAUCUUUUAAACACUGGUGUCCGUGUUCUUUCUGUUUCUACACUUUGACCUUUGAAAUAGGACAAAACGAAUGAUGUGCAAUUCGGAGGUCGUUUUCACAUGGAUCCUUGAAGUGAACAAGGGAGAACAAAUGUCUUUUCUUAUACAUUUGAUAUCUGAAAGAAACUGUUUAUUUAAAAUGCUAGCUAAAGUGUCCUUAAAAGAGCUUUGGGGAGUAGAAAGGCUAGCACAGAGUAACCUUGUACAGAACCAAAGGAGAGAUACAAACAUUGCUAUGUAAUGUGACAUUUUGAUUUGUACAUAUUUGAACAAAUAAAGACGUGGAAGAAUCUUAA